AUGUCGAUGGCGACACAGCAGACGCAGGAUUGGCCUGGCCGCUAUUAUCACAUUGACCAAAUCUUGGAUAAACCAGGUCCUCGCACAGAUCCAGACGCGUUUGUCGGUGGCGACACGGCAAGGGACUUUCUGCGCAACCAAUGCAAGGUCUUGGUCAUUGGCGCUGGCGGACUCGGAUGCGAGCUCUUGCCAAAUCUGGCGCUCUCUGGGUUCAGGGAUAUCCACGUUAUUGAUAUGGACACGAUUGAUGUCAGUAACCUCAAUCGACAAUUCUUGUUCAGAGAAAAGGACGUCGGAAGACCAAAAGCUAUUGCAGCGGCAGAAUUCGUCAUGAAACGCGUCCCUGGUGUUACUGUCACGCCAUUCUUUGGAAAGAUACAAGACAAGGACGAAGAGUUUUACAAGCAGUUUCAUAUCAUCAUCAGCGGCCUUGAUUCCGUCGAAGCUCGACGCUGGAUCAACGCCACCCUCGUCGGAAUGGUAGACGAGGACGAUCCAGAGAGCCUCAAGCCUCUCAUCGAUGGAGGUACAGAGGGAUUCAAGGGCCACUCGAGAGUGAUUCUGCCAACCAUGACCGCCUGUAUCGAAUGCACACUCGACAUGCUCACUAAACCCACCGUAUUCCCAAUUUGUACCAUUGCCAACACACCCCGCCAGCCCGAACACUGCAUCGAAUGGGCCUCUGUCCUCGAAUGGCCGCGCGUCUUUGGCGACGCAAAGAAGCUUGACAAUGACGACCCAGAACACAUUACGUGGCUCUACGAGCAAGCUUCCAAGCGCGCUGCAGAGUUUUCCAUCGAGGGAGUGACUUGGUCGCUCACGCAGGGUGUCGUCAAGAAUAUCAUCCCUGCCAUUGCGAGUACGAAUGCCAUUGUAGCUGCGAGCAGCGUCAAUGAGGCUUUGAAACUUGCGACCAAUGCUGCGCCACCAUUGCAGAAUUACAUGAUGCUGGUUGGCACAGAUGGCGUGUAUAGCUUCACGUUUGAGCACGAGAGGAAGCCAGAGUGCCCUGUAUGUGGUGGUGAAACGGUGAAUAUGACCGUCAACAAGGACAUGACGGUACAGGAGCUCAUCGAACAUUUGCAAGAGACGCAAAACAUCCAAAUCAAGAAACCGUCCCUGUCGACGUCCUCGACGUCUAUCUAUAUGCAGGCACCGCCAGUCCUCGAGCGCGCCACUCGUCCCAAUCUCGAGAAAAAGGUCUCCGAGCUGGUUCCAUCUGGCACCGAGAUUACCGUCACAGCUAGCACGCUGCCGCUUAAACUUAGCUUACGACUCACGUACUCGUAG